GGGGCCGGGAGCAGGCGCGGCACCGGCAGCCUCCCUGGGCCCGGACACCGCCCUCGUCCCCGCCUAGGCGGCCGCUCCCGCCGGCGUCGAGGGCGUGGCGGCGAGACUGUUGCAGCCGGUCGCUCCUGGCUCUGCCCUCUGCCCAGCCCGCCGCCCACCAGGCUCCCGGAGGCCCCGCAGCUCGCCGCGCCCGGCUCCCCGCAGCCCCGUCGAGCCGCCCGGGCCCGUCCGUCGCCCUCCCCGCUCCGGUCUUGCGGCGCCGGGGCGUGCAGUGGGUGCCUGAUAGACAUCCUAGGAUUAUUCAGACGGAAAAGACUGGCUUUUGCAAAACAAUGCUGAGGGACACUAUGAAAUCCUGGAAUGAUAGCCAGUCAGAUCUGUGUAGCACUGACCAAGAAGAGGAAGAAGAGAUGAUUUUUGGUGAAAAUGAAGAUGAUUUGGAUGAGAUGAUGGAUUUAAGUGAUCUGCCUACCUCACUUUUUGCUUGCAGCGUCCAUGAAGCAGUGUUUGAGGCACAAGAGCAGAAGGAAAGAUUUGAAGCACUCUUCACCAUCUAUGAUGACCAAGUUACUUUUCAGCUGUUUAAAAGCUUUAGAAGAGUGAGAAUAAAUUUCAGCAAACCUGAAGCAGCAGCAAGGGCGCGAAUAGAACUCCACGAAACAGACUUCAAUGGGAAGAAGCUAAAGCUGUAUUUUGCACAGGUGCAGACAUCUGGCGAAGUGCGGGACAAGUCGUAUCUCCUGCCGCCCCAGCCGGUCAAGCAGUUCCUCAUCUCGCCUCCAGCCUCUCCCCCGGUGGGGUGGAAGCAGAGUGAAGACGCAAUGCCUGUUAUAAAUUAUGAUUUACUCUGUGCUGUUUCCAAACUGGGACCAGGAGAGAAGUACGAACUUCACGCGGGAACUGAGUCGACACCCAGCGUGGUGGUUCAUGUCUGUGAAAGUGAAACUGAAGAGGAAGAAGAAACCAAAAACCCCAAACAGAAAAUUACCCAGACGAGGCGCCCCGACCCUCCAACCGCAGCACUGAAUGAGCCCCACACCUUCGAUUGUGCACUGUGAGGCCCUUGCUUGUGGUGCGAGGUGGCUGCCUUGGUGGGCUCCGGCCAUGGUGAUCUCUGCCCCGAGGCCGAUGUGUUGCUGUGAACAGCGUCGGUGAGACUUCACAGAGUGAGGUUUAGGUCUUCUCACCACGCCUGGUGUAGGGUAGCGGCUGAUUUGACCCAUCCCAGAUUGUAAGUGGUAUUCCAAAUGGCACUUUACAUUAAAGGAAAAGCCCCUAAGAUGUGGCCACCCUGAACCAUUUUUAAAUAGUGACAAAUUAGGAAAACAGCUUCCUACCCCUCCAGCCGGGUAAUUCCUCCUGCUUCUGUAUCCCAUGAGGCACCACAAACUGGAACUCUAGUCACGCCCAGUACAGUACCAUUUUUAUGAAUUUAAAAAUAGUCUUACAAUUUUAAUCAUCGUUUGUGGGUAUUUUUGUACUGGUAUAAAUAGCUUCUAAUUAAUAAAUCGAUCAAAGGUUGUUAUUCUGUAUACAUGAAAUUUUUUGCAGGAAAAGAAACCUGAAAUACAGAAUAAUUUGUAGAAAUCAUGGUUCUCAAGUAUUUGUUUCAUUAGCUUUGGGUAAGAAAUGCCAAAUCCACUUUCAGGAUCAGUCUUACGACACAGAUCCACCCACGUGUUGCCCUUACCUGGAGUUUGGGACAAAGCAAUGGACAGGCCCCCGUUCCUGAUGCGGCGCCCACCAGACAUGGCUGCCGGGGAAGGAUGGCCACUUUGGAAGUGGGACGUAUCACCAGUGAGCCUCAAUGAUUAGGAUUGCAGGUGGCUACUGCAUUGUGCUGUUCAUGACCAUGUUCUAGCCUGUAGACCACCCAGCUACCUUCAUUCACCAGUUUUAUCCUUCACCUUUGCCAAUGUCUAUCAUGUUAACCACUAGUUCUCGAGUUUUUUGCUAUGAUGUGUAUACUUAUAUAUGUCAUUCAUAGACUUUCAACUAGAAAAGGUAAUGAUAAGGUUUUCUGAAGACUGUUUGUAAAUUGUCCACUUAACCAUUUUUCAGCUUGCCAUGAAAAAUAUUCACACCUACUAUUUUUCUAUUAAUUAGGCAAUGAGAGGGAGAUCAUUCAGUUUUACUUUUCUUUUUGUUGAAACUUUUUACUCUGGAUUGCAGUUGGCGCUUUUCCUAAAACCGAAUUGUUUCUCACUUUUGUGUCAGAAUGUGUAUUUGAAGCUCCCUAAGAAGCAGCAGGAUCUUUUUAACUUUUUCCAGUGUGUUUCAACUUUGAAGUCUCUUUUGUAGAAAAGUCUUGUAACUGAGAAGGCUUUGCCUUGGGCUGGGUGGGUCUGCUAGCCUCUCCUCACUGUGCUGUUUCCUUUGUGUGCCACACGUGGGAAGCUCCCUGGCAUGUGAAGGAGCUGCAAACGUGAGAACUAGUGAACCAAGGUAGCUGCCACCACGAAGGAGCAGAACGCAGGCAUUCAAUGAUGAUGUCCUCACCGUGUGGUAACAUGUCAUUGCGGUUCAGUUCUCACUAUGGUAAAAUUUAUUUCUGAGCACUUACACUGUGUUGCAUACACCCAAAUUUUUGUUUCUGUAUUUUCCUUGCCCUCAAAUACUCUGAGGUGAUAAACCUUUCCAUUUGUACCAAACUACCAUUGCUAAGCCUCCGUGUAAAUUCAGUUGAAAUUUGCAAUUCUAUCAUCAGCAAUUAAUGUAUUAAAUGCAGAUCAUCAUUUGUCAUUUUAAUAAAUGUACUUUGCAGUUCUG